GCCGUGACAAGUACUCAAAUUGGGCUGGCAAGUGUCAUUAUACAACUUUCCAUUGGGCUUUCCCCAAAAGUUGCAAAUUGUUCCUAAACUGUUCCCAUCCCGACUUACCUCCGUCGUGAUCUCGCUGCUGUUUUCUACGCCCGGAAGUAUGCCGCUAAAAUGGGUUUUGCAUUGGCAACCCAAUGCCGGCAGCACUGUUAACAGUCAGAUACUCAACGAGGUUUCGCAAUGUGUUGAGAGUAUCCAUGGCGUUAAAGGGGGCAAGUGGAAAGCUACUCUCACUUUCUACAAACCCAUCUUACGAGACCAGAACUCACCGGCCGCCGAAUUCCCCCGCGACUUUCUCGGAAUUUCGCUGCCGGAGCAGCCAAAUAAGUAUUACCUUAUAAUUCGUGGCCAACGGAUCGUCUUGGAAGCUGAUUUUACGAUUCAGGCUAUAAUGGAGAAGCUGCAGUCGUACAAAUUGCGCGUAGCUCUCAAUUUCGAGGGGUUUCAGUAUCAGUUAGGGGAUUUCCAACUGAGAGUGGGAAAAGUUGUUCCCAACAAUUCCGAGAAUUUGAGAGGAAUAGUUAUGGAGAUUGAGUAUCUCCCAAUUUCUUCAAUGGAGAAAUCAAGACAGGUAAUGGAGGAGUUCUUCGACGUAUGGCAAGAAGCCAUGUCAAAAAGUUCAUUACCAGGUCGUUUCAUGCACAUAGAAUCAAACUUUGCAGAAUAUGGACUGUCGGAUUACUAUACUUCUCAACACACAGCAGUUCAAUAUGGCAACGUCAUGGCUCAACUAAUCGCUACUGUGCAAGCAGUUCAAUCCGCCAGAAAUUAGCUUAAUUUGAUAAUUGCUUGUAUUUAUUCCGUUGCUCUUCUUUUUCGAAUGAUGGAACAUUAAAUUUUACUGAAAUUUUCAAGUUUAAAUGCAACAGACAGCAGAAACCCAAAAACAUUAAAAUGCUAAAAUUUCAAAA